AUGGAGGUGGUGAUCCUCCUGUCUUUGUGGACUUUUACUUUAAGUGGCACCUUUUUGCCAUGUUUCUCACAAGUGCCACUCUCACCUACACUUUUAAACCAAGGACUUUCAUCUUUAAAUUCUGGAUUUUCUAAUUUUGGUAAUACCAUUAAUGGAUUUUCAAAUGGGCUUUCAUCUGGAGCCAGCGGUUUAGAUGGCGCUAUAUUAGCUGGCGGAGGAAUUCCGAGUAUAAGUACAUUCGGAGGAACUGUUGGAACAGGACUUCCUUUGACAGGCGGAGGAGGAUUUGGUACAGGCGGACUCGGGGCUGGCGAUGGAUUUGGAGGUGGUGCUGGGGGAUUUGGAGGCACAGGUGGGGGAGUUACAUUAAUUGACGGAGGGGCCGGUGGUUUAGGGGGAGCAACAGGAGGCGUACCUUUCGUAGGUGGUGGGGCUGCCGGAUUAGGAGGUACAGGAGGAACUUUUGUUGAUGGAGGGUUUGGUGGACUUGGAGGAUUAGGGGGUGCUGGUGGUGGAGGACCUACCGGAUUAGGAGGUACAGGGGGAAUAACUUUUGUUGAUGGAGGGAUUGGCGGUCUUGGUGGACUUGGAGGAUUAGGAGGUGCUGGUGGUGGAGGUACAGUUGUUGGCGGAGGCGGCUUUGGGGGACCUUUUAUCAGUGAAGGUCCUAGUGGAUUUGGAGGUGGAGGCACUGGAGGAGGUGUAUUUGUAGCAGAUGGAGGAUUGGGAGUUGGAGGUGGCGCUGGAAUUGGAGGACCUGGUGGUGUAACAAUUUUAGGUGGAGGACCUGGUGGAGGUUUGGGGACAGGAGGAGCUUUCGUUGGACCUGAUCCUCUAACUGCAGGAGGCAAUGGUGGUUUUGGUGGAAUCGCAACUGGUGGAGGAGGGACUGUUGGUGUUGGUGGUACAGGCCUACCGAUUGGCAGUUUUGUGGGCCCUGACCCAGUAGGAGGAGGUGUUGGAGGACUCGGAGGACCUAUUGGUGUAAACACAGGACUACCAGCUGGAAGCUUUGUAGGCCCGGAUCCAGUACUUCCUACGACACCAGGAGUAGGUGGAACAUCAGUAGUCAGUGUUCAACCUACCACAUUCGCAGUUUCUCCAGUUGUACCUUCCAUUGGCAUAAAUGGUGGGGGAUUAGGUGGGGUUGGGGGUGGGUUUGGUGGCAUCGAUGGAGGUUUAGGAGGAAUAGUUGGUCCUGGAGGAGGAUUAGGUGGGGGCUUAGGAGUUGGGGAUGGGGGACUUGGAGGACUGGGUGGAUUUGGUGGGGGUGGAGGGUUAGGUGGCAUUGGUACUGGUGGUGGGGGUCUUGGCGGUGGUGGGUUAGGCGGUGGUGGGGGAUUGGGCGGAUUUGGCGGUGGUGGAUUAGGGGGUGGUGGGGGUCUUGGCGGUGGUGGGGGAUUGGGCGGAUUUGGCGGUGGUGGAUUAGGGGGUGGUGGGGGUCUUGGCGGUGGUGGGGGAUUGGGCGGAUUUGGCGGCGGUGGUGGGUUAGGGGGUGGUGGGGGUCUUGGUGGUGGUGGGUUAGGUGGUGGUGGAGGAUUUGGCAGUGGUGGUUUGGGUGGUGGGGGUCUUGGGGGUGGUGGGUUAGGGGGUGGUGGGGGUAUUGGCGGAUUUGGCGGUGGUGGGCUAGGGGGUGGUGGUUUGGGUGGUGGAGGAUUGGGUGGAUUUGGCGGUGGUUUAGGUGGUAGUGGAAGUCUAGCUGGAGGUUUUGGUUCUGGGGGACUGGGUGGGCUUGGAGGUGGGUUGGGUGGACUAGGUGGGGGACUAGGUGCUUAUGGAGGAAGUGGAGGCUGGUGGUACACCUUUACACAAAGUGGAUUUUUUCCUUUUGCAGUAGUUCUCGGAACAGUUGGUAAGACAAUCAAAAGAUCUUCAUAAAAAUGUAUAAUGAAUUUCAUCAUGUUUGUUUAGAUUUGGUAUAUAUUUUAAAUGUUUUAUUUUUUUUUUUUUUAAAGUACAACACAAGUUUAGGUUUCAAUCUUUUUUAGCUUUGGCCCAAGUUGCAAGUUCUAGUAGUGGUGGAUUUUUUAGCGGUAUCUUUGGUGGAAGCAGCAGUAGUAGUGCAGCAGCCUCCUCAGGUAGCGCAGUAGUGGCUGUCACUCAAGCACCUGUUAGCAGCCUCUGUCCAUCUCGGAGAAACCCUGUCGCAUGUGCUUGGUGCAACACGAAUGGACGAGAUCAGGCGACGUGUACUGCCAACGCAAAUGGCUUGAACAACACAGACGACCCUGUAAAUUCUGCUACUGACGCUACUGGUGAUGAUUGUCUGUGGUACAGUGAUACAAAUAUCUGUCUCAAUGAUGAGGGAGCCAAUACCACUGGAUGAGCAAUCAAUUUUAAAUAAUGAUAUUUCAAUAAAGAACAUAAUCGUUUUUGUUUGUAUUAUGCCCUUUCAGAGAGCCUCACCCCAUCACAAUUUCCAUCAUGUCUCUGACGUUGCCCAUUAUAUGUACCCAAAAUAAUUGAAAUGAAAUGAGCAACAUAGCAGAUCCCCUAUAUUCCGGUCCCAUGGGUCGAGAAUCAUUUUUAUCAAAAUAAUGCGUAAAAUUAAUCAAACAGAUAUUCAGAAGACUUUCUGCCAGUUUAUGAUAACCCAGUGCUUUAAUGCCACAACUAAGGCAUGUGAAUUUCCAAAUGCUGGAAGAAUACUCAUUGCUGAUUAUAAAGUAAGCAUACAAAAAUGAACAAUGCUUGUGUUACAAAAUACACCCAUCCAGUAUAGUCAGAAAUGCAGUU